AUGUCUGGUCUCACGGAGCCUUCAACAAUACAAAGCACUACCGCGUCUUUGUUACAACAUGCGAAUACGUCAGCACCGACCCCCGACAGUCCAUCUUUAUCAUCUCUACCGCUCCGUCUCCUAUCCUCCAGCAUUCACGCCUUCAAACACGUCGACAAUUUCGCCUUCCGAACAGUCCCGGCAUCUGUCGGCAGAAUGACGGGAAUCUCCAGCCUUUUGGGCGGAGCCGGUCCAACAUCCGAAGCCGGCGGUGCAGCUACACAUGCGGUGGCGGACAUGGCGGGAAGUGGAUUGGGCGACACAGCGGCCCAGGAAGGAAGCUACUACUUCGCCGAGUUCCUGGCUGCCCUCAAGAAGUUGGGUGGGUUCUUCGGUUACUUGACAAGCAUAUGGUCAUUCGCGUGUUUACUGGAGGCGUUGAUUUUGAAUCGAAUUACCAUAUACGCUUCCACGCGGCGACACCUGCGACUUGGAUGGGAGCGGCGCAUCGCUCUUCGCUUAAUACCGAUACUUUGCUUUGCCUACCAGAUUGUCAACCUGCUUCGUGGGAUACGAUGCCAGACAUCUCCUUCUUUCUCAACCAUGCGCUAUGGUCACCCUGGGAAACAACUCAUCUUCGACUAUUCCAGUGAUGGGGGUGUUCUCUACGCACUGAGUUCGAGCUUACUAGGAUGGGAAUCCGAAGAGCAGUCCUGCAGUGCUGUGAAGAUGACCCGCACAAGCAGCUCAGAGCUUCCAUACGGGUCCUUCUCCCUGCUUUGGCCGACAUUCAUGAUGCUCUGCUUGAGCCAUUUCAUCGAAACGCUCUCAUGCGCAUUGCAAGGCCGGCAGGUGAAGACGGAGACAGGAAUGUCCAUAUUCGAGCAUUCACUUGCUUUCGCAGAAGCCGAAUCAAUGAUUGGCAAAUCUAUCGGAUUGGGGAUGUUCGGUCUUCCCAAACAAAAUCCGCUCAGUACUAUGACUCGGGAAAUCAAUGACGAUUCAACUUCGGUUCUCCAAUUACUCACAAGGUCGCAAGUGCUGGAACGAAUGAAUGUUACGCCGGAGUUGUUACUGAUUGCUUUGAUUUCGUGCUGUAACAGUACUUCUUCCCACAUUCUCGAUAUUUUCGGGAUGCAAAGCAGAUACAGACUUUUCAACACUGCUCUCUGGGGUGCUUGCUUUAUGGCUGCGAUGUCAUGGGGACUAGACGCCGGACCACCUGUCAGCCUUGAAACGGGCGUUCUCAGGUUUCCAACCGUGUGCAUUGUGGGGUUCAUUCCUCAUAUCAUGGUAUUGGGUGGAAUCACAAUAUGCGGUGCGAUUUACGCGCUGGCGCUCACCAUCACUGCAUUUUCUAUGUCUACAGAAGAUGCCCAACCCGUCUCCCUUCGCGAUCGGUUCAUGCUGGCCCAUGAAAACAUGCAAGGCUCAAACCAGGUUCGGAGCAUUCGCAUCAACAGACACGAGGACUUCUACACCACCCUACUUCGAAUCGGCUAUGUUGCUCUGACUGCCGCAAGUGAGGCUGUAUUUUUGAACGAGGGUAAGGCCGUAAUUGCACGGCGGAUGACUUGGCUGGAGGAAGACCGGCUUGCCGAAAUUGAAAGUCACCGACGACGAUCCAGUGAAUCUUACACCAGAACCCAUGAAGCCGCGGCAUUUGCAAAUUUCGACGUGCCAGAACAUUCUGGGUCAUGGGAAACUGGUUACAACCGCGAAAGGAAGAUCGACAAGCAGAGUGAUGGACCUCGCGAUGUUCGCGCUGAUUCCAUGCUAGGAGGAGUGGGAGCAGUACGUGUUUCUAUUCGAUUAAUCCACGUGUUCGCCUUCUUCCGCGCGAUCUGUCUGCUCGUGCUCAGAUGGAGCGCAUAUGGAUUCAGCACCGCUCUAGAUCGACUGGGCAUCACCGCCCGACCACUGUGGCUGAAACGCCUGAUUGGUCACCGUCGGCAGCCGCCCGGUUCUGACAAAGAGCCCCUGAAACAGCCCUUAGACUUCUGGAUUCUUUCAGACAACGGCAAUCUCGAACUUCCCGAAAAUGGCGAGUUCGAUGUUGAAGCUGAGAUGCGAAAGCGAGAGCGCUCGAAUCGACCGAACUGGAUGAGCCCCGAUGAAAAUUAUCUGGAUGACAGGCUCUAUAGCUGGUGGAAGAUCGGUGGCUCCUGGGGUAAUCAGGACCAAACCUCAGAUUACCACCCGCCCACUGAUGACUUCGACACUACAAGUGUGAUUUCAAUGUCUACCAAUGCAUCAGGUUCGGAGUGGGAAGAUUACCCAUCUGACGACGGUCGGCGAACCCCUACCCAGGUCGAUCCAUAUGCAGAUAGGAGCUCUUCGCUCCAAGACCCAUUACUGGACAUGACCACGCUCGCGCGCCUUCUGGAUCCCAGGGACCGUGAGAGCAGAGAAGAAGCUCGGAUCCUGGCCGCUCAUUUGAAGACAAACAACGAAGGCCCCCAAAUCAUGACACGCAGCCGCUACCAGAAAGAAGUUGAAAGGGAGAGAUCUCGAAUCUUGUUUUCCUCACGACUUCACCAAUUGAGUACGACGCAAUCGGGCUCCGAAGGGAGGCAAAAGCCCACAGCCGAGGAGGAGUCUGAGCUCCUAGAGAAGCUGAUCCUUUCCCGUCGCUCAGAAGUGCCCUUCAACCCUGAUACCCACACUUGGGAAUCUGGCGCGGCUGGGCUGGGUCCUAAUGGACCCCCUUGUGUUGUUUGUCAAACAAGCCCUCGAGCCAUCAUCACUUGGCCAUGUCGCUGCCUGUGUAUCUGCGAGGACUGUCGUGUCAGUCUUGCGAUGAAUAACUUUGGCAGCUGUGUGACUUGUCGUCAGGAGGUUGGGGGUUUCAUGCGUCUAUGGGUUCCAUGA